CGUGUGACCCGAAUGAGGACAAACACCAUAAACAAAAAAGCAUGGCUGGGGCCUGAUGGGUUGCUUUUGUUCCCAUAAACAUUGUUAUGAGACUGAAAGGCUCGGGAACGUAAGCCAAGUGGAGCCACCGUAAAAUCAUCUUGUGCGUCACAAUCAGCGAUAGGCUAAGCUUUAUUACCUUUUGCCACUGUUAAACACCAUUCCUGACCACGUGUAGGUGUGUGUGUGUGUGUGUGUGUGUGUGUGAGAGAGACGGUGGCAGGCGGCUUCAAGGUAGCCAGCCAAGUGUCGCCCCUCCCAAUAAAUCAGGAGUCCAAAGGUCAGGGGACGAUCCAUCAAAACGACGAGACGGCAGCGGAGGGGCCGCCAGUUGGUUGCCCUCUCCUCCGCUUCCUCCGACUACAGCUGGCUAACUUGCUUGGCUAGCUAGCUAGUUGCUUGCUGUUCGCAGGAACCAGGAAACUUUGAUGGAGAUGAAGAGCAUUUUGAAAUCGGACAGAAAGAACCUCCUGCUGCGGAAGGCGCAGGAUUACAGCACCACCCAGAGCAGCUCCAUCGGUGCCCUGCGCUGGAACCUGCCCGAGGAGGACAUCCAGGCCCACAGCUCCGCUCCCAGCCGGCCCGUCACCAGCGGAAAACUCACCGGACACUCGCAGCACCAGCAGCAGCCUCGCCAGAACGGCCUGAAAGACCUGCGCAGCCUGCAGGAGUGCGUGCAAUUCAUCCAACACUGGAAGGAGCAAGUGGACCAGGUUUGCAAGAGCGACGGAUCCAAAUCAGAGGGAACGUCAAGCAAGGCCGAGAAGAUCCACUCGCGCACCGAGCGUAGUUUGGAGGAAAGCCAUAAACUCAUCCUGGAGUGGGCCGACGAACUACGCCAUGUGGACAAGCUUCUGGAGGCCAACCCCUGGGCACCUGAGACUCAAGAACCCAAGAAGAACUUUGAUGCCAAUGUGGAUGUACAAGUGAGGGUCAUGGAGUGGGCUCGGGAGGUCCAAACGGUCUCUGAGAGCUGCGGGGUGCAGAGCGACGAGAUGGGCAAAGUGCUGCGUCUUCUGGGCCUCAAGAAGAAGCGUCUGGUCAGCCUGCUGCCCCUGCUGGAGUUCAUCACCUGGUCGCUCCUCAAGCAAGACUGCAUGGGGAUGAUCCCGCAGUUAUGGCUGCCGGUAAAACAGCGCGCCUGGAAAGUGGGCACGUCAAGAUACAUCCCCAACUCAGUUUGGAGUUGGAUCGGCGGUGCACAAGCCGACGUAAUUCUGGACGCAAACACCAACCACCCGUGGCUGAGCCUAUCCGUGGACAAUCGGCAAGUCCAGGAGGGCCUGUCGGAGGCCGACCUGCCGUACAGCUCGCAGCGCUUCGACAGUUGGCCCUGCGUGCUGGCUUGGGAAGGCUACAGCCGCGGACGCCAUUACUGGGAAGUGGACAUCGCCAAAAAUGGCUACUGGCGCGUGGGGCUGGCUACCGUCGACUCCCGCCGUCACGGCCGCUUCCCCAUGAACCCCGAGACGGGUUUUUGGUGCCUGUGGCGCAGCACGCACCAGUUCUACGCCUGUACCAAGCCCGAGACCCUGCUGCCCGCCGGCCUGGUGCCGCGGCGGAUGGGCAUCUACUUAAACUACGAGGUCGGUCAGGUGUCUUUCUACAACGCCGAAAGCAAGACGCACAUUUAUACAUUUACGGGCAAAUUCAAGGGGAAGGUGUACCCGUUGUUCGCGCCGCUCGACGGACGCACUCUCAUGACUAUCGUGCCGCCGCCAGCCGACUGAAACGGGGGAGGGGUUUCCAACAUUGGGUCCGGGGGGGGGUCACGAUUCCGGUUCUAAUUGUAACGGCGAUGACACAUGACCACCAGGCAUAACAUAAAAUUUAGAAAGCUGGCCAAUGUUGGAGGGAAACGUCAGCAUGUUACAGGAACAAAUUUUUAUUUUUAAGAAAAAACAAAGUUAGAACAUAGAACACAUGAAAUAAACGUAAUCGAAAACAGUGACGUAUUUUGACGGAAGAACGAGUUGUAAUGUUACAAGAAUAAAGUAGUAUUUUUACGAUAAAAAAAAUUGGGAUAAAGAAUUAACAAGGUAAAACAUUGAAUA